UUUAAACAAAUUAAGCCGUAUUAAAAGUGACGGGAGGUGAAUUUCGUUUCGGCGAAGCCCCCAAUUCCGCGGUGGUUUUUAGGUCGAAUGUUCCGAUUUCGAACGGUGUGAACGUGGCGCUGUGAUCAUUUGAGCGAGUGCGCACCUCUAUUGCGCACGUAUUAUCAGUCGCCAUAUUGAAAUCUACCUAUCAGAAAAUUUUGUGAAUUAAUCUAAAUAAUUAUUUUCGAAGCGAUUGUAACUGGAAAAGAAUUUAUUAAAACGUUAUAAAACAACCACCGAGGAGAUGUCUGUAUUGAAUCAAAGUGGUGAAGAACAGGUUGAGUGCCCGUUGUGCAUGGAACCUUUGGAGGUGGACGAUCUCAACUUCUAUCCGUGCACUUGUGGGUACCAGAUUUGCAGGUUUUGUUGGCAUAGAAUUCGCACCGAUGAGAAUGGGUUGUGCCCCGCUUGUCGGAAGGCUUAUUCGGAAAAUCCGGCCGAUUUUACUCCUUUAUCUAAAGAGCAGGUCGCUCAGUUAAAAGCCGAAAAGAGGCAAAGGGAUCAACAACGGAAAGCUAAACAAACUGAAAGUAGAAAGCAUCUUGCUAGUGUAAGGGUUGUUCAGCGCAAUUUGGUGUUUGUGGUUGGAUUACCGAUGCGGCUAGCCGACCCGGAGAUUCUUAAACGGCACGAGUACUUUGGGAAGUUUGGGAAAAUACACAAAGUGGUGAUAAAUCAGUCGACGGCGUACGCAGGCUCUCAGGGACCCAGCGCCAGCGCGUACGUGACGUAUAUGAAGAACGACGAUGCGUUAAGAGCCAUACAAAGUGUUAAUAACAUCCCGUUGGACGGGCGGCACAUUAAAUCGAGUCUCGGCACGACAAAAUAUUGCUCGCACUUUAUGAAAAAUCAACCGUGUCCGAAACCCGAUUGUAUGUACCUUCAUGAUUUCGGCGAUCCUGAAGCGAGUUUUACAAAAGAGCAAAUGCACGCGGGAAAACAUCAAGAAUAUGAAAAAAAAUUACACGAGGCGUUAUUAAAUCGUACAACUCAAUCAAAAAUAGAAGUGAAUGAGAAAAGGGGUGAAAAAGUUUCAAAUGGGAAAGAAUCGAGUCCUAAUAGCGCCCCAACGAAUCAAACGAACGGCACAUCAAUAACGAAUAGCUCUAAUAAUGGAACAACGGUGAAUGUUAAUGUGAAUAUAAAUGUAAACACGAGUAGUGUGGGUGGGCAGACCUCGUUAACCGUGGCGGGGGGGCCUCAUAAUGGUGUAAAAGAGGGUUGGCCCCAAUUAAUAAAUAACGAUAAUAACAAAAAGGAAGAAAAAAGGGAAUUAAAAGUCGAUAAUAAUCUAAAGAAAAUCAUUAAUAACGGAAAUAGUAAUAAUCGGAACAAUAACAACAAUAAAAUUAAUAACAAAAAGGAAAAAAAGCAACCCCCAAGUCCCACGAUUCCCCGCCAAUCCGAUUUAAACGAUUCAGAAGCGCCCUCUUCGGAGUUACAACAAAAAAGUUCAGAGCAGGACCUUUCAACGUUAUCUAAAGUUGUAGUUCAAUUAUUAGAUGAUAAUUCGAGUUUUUUUUCGCAUCAAAAUUCGUAUCAAAAGUUGUUGAUCCCACCGACGGAGAGGGCCCCCAGCGAGGACGACUCGGAAACAUCCUCAUCGACGACCCCCCUCUUUCCAUCACAAAUUUUAAACGAUUCGUUUCCGGAUAUUAGCACCGCCGAAGAUUGGGAGGCGGCGUUUGGAUUUUCAAAGCAUUCGAAUCACCUCGAGGAAUUGGCCCGGCAAAAAUGUUGCUCCACGACGACCACCACCCCAUCAACGUACAAUUAUUACCAAGAUAACUUUGUCGAUUCGAAAUUCUUUAACGAUUUCGUUAAAACGACAUCGAAAGAACAUUUAAAUGGGUUUUAUCAGAAUCAAAAUCAUAACGGGGUUAUUAACGGGUAUGGGAAUUCGUCGUUAAUCGAUUCCCAUGUUCGGUUGGUCCAACAACAACAACAGCAGCAUCAACAGCGUCAUCGUCACCUUGAAGAUCAGCUUUUAUUGCUUAAUUUGAAACAAGGGCCCCAAUUUAUGCAACAACACGGUGCGGGAGGGAAUCAUUAUUUAAACGGGGAGCAAAGGUUUUCGUAUCAAAAUCAAUUUGGGAGUAAUCGGACGGCGGUGGCUCCACCUAGCGUUAAUAAACAACAACGAUCGGAAGAUGAUUUAGAUUUUGACCCGUUUCAAGAGACCCAAAAGGGAUUGGCUGAGUUAAUAGAGAACGAUCAAAGUUUAAAAUUACAUUUAGCGAAUAGUAAUGGACAAACGAGUCAAAUGAAUGGGUUGUUACAUAGUCAAGGGGGUAAUGGGAUGUUGCCGCCGCCCCCACCGGGGUUUGUACAGCCCCACAUGAACUCCUUCGGUAGCAAAAUUUUACCUUAUUUAAAUAUGAACAGUCAACAAUUAAAUUCGACACAAAAUAAUUGGCCCAGUAGCUAUAAUAAUGUAUUACAUCAACCUCAACAGCAACAACAACAACAACAUAAAGGAAUGGGAGCAUGUAAUGAUUGGAAGGUGCUAGAUCCCGCGAUAGUAUCAUCAUCAAGCCGUUAUUUCUCUUUAUCGUCGGUCCCACAGCCGUUACGCGACCACUACGGAAUGACACAACAACAACAAAACGGUCCAUCCCGCCAAUUCGAGUUUGGAGGUGGCCAACAAAGUGGUUACCACCCAAACGGGGGUCUCAUCGGACAAAUGCAACAACAACAACAGCCAUCGCAAGGAUACAAUUUCGCACAGCAAAACUUGCAUUGGUUAGGGGCCGAGCUCGGAUCGCAAAUUUCGACGCCCCCCGGGUUUCGCAGCCAGGGUCAAGCGACAAAACAACAACAGGAGUGCUAAAGAAGAGAGAGGGGGCCGGUUCCUUUCCCUUUCCUGAUUCUUUGCUUCUUCUUCUUCGAAAGUGAAUUAAUAAACGAGAAAAAAAUAAAAAGAAGAACAUCCCCUACAUCUUCAUACUAUUAUUAUUAUUAUUAUGAUUUUUGUUUAAUAAACGAGUAAUACGAAAUCCGUGAAAAAUGAUAUAUUACACCAAAAAAAAAAUAAAAUUGAUUAUUGCGAAUUGAAAGGUUAAA